CAUCCAGUCCGGCGCAGUGUUUGCAAACACCUUGAACGCAAAGCGAGAGAAGAAGGGGGGGACUGACGUCUGCUACUGCUGCUGAAAACAAGCGCUUCUUCGUUUGCAUCGCAGGGGAUCGCUCUUUUUCCUUUUUCACUGGGUGCUUUUCUACCUGAGAAAAAUAUUGAAGUGCAGCUAAAUAGGUUUCUAUCUUAAAAAAAAAAACAAAAAACACGGUCGGGAAAAUGGAUGUUCUACCCAUGUGCAGCAUCUUUCAAGAACUUCAAAUAGUUCACGACACGGGCUAUUUCUCAGCCUUACCGUCACUGGAGGAGUACUGGCAGCAGACAUGCUUGGAGUUGGAGCGCUAUCUACAGAGUGAGCCUUACGUCUCCACAUCCGACCUCAAGUUUGACAGCCAGGAGGACCUCUGGAGCAAGUUGAUCUUGGCCUGCGGGGACAAGGCCAAGGCCGAGUCCGACCCAAAGCUCCCCCAGGCCCACGAGCACAAUCAGGACGGCCAAAUCUUGGACACCAACAGUGUGAAUUCUGACGCCAGCAGCGAAGCUUCAGACAGUUCUGAGGAGCUCUCGCCCACACACAGCUUUACCUCCAACCCUCUGGGCUCUGUCUUGGUUGGCUCUGGACCUUUUAGCCCCUCCAUCAUUAGCACUCCCCCGUCCUCUCCCGAGGCCAACUCGGAGCCUGGCGCUAUGACAAACGGCUGGGUCGCCACGCACGCCGAGUUAAACUUGCCUGUCAAGAUUAGGAGCGGCGGGGUGACAAAGAGUACGGAAAAGACGGGACUCAUGUGCGGGGACACGUCUCCGGACGGCAGGAGGCGAGUACACAGGUGUCAAUUCAACGGGUGUCGCAAAGUUUACACGAAGAGCUCCCACCUAAAAGCACACCAGCGCACUCACACAGGUGAGAAGCCCUACAGGUGUUCAUGGGAAGGCUGCGCGUGGCGUUUUGCACGAAGCGACGAGUUGACCAGACACUUCAGGAAGCACACUGGGGCAAAGCCAUUUAAAUGCAGUCACUGUGACAGAUGUUUCUCCAGGUCUGACCAUCUGGCUCUUCACAUGAAGAGGCACAUCUAGAACGGGGCAAGCACCAACCAAGCAACGCAGCAAAGGGGAAAAUUUUAUAAGAGGAAAAAAACAAAAACAAAUGCCGUCUCCCGACCAGUCUCUUGGUUGAACUGUCCCAGAGCAGAGUGGCGGGAGUGUGUUCCAGCCAAAGCAUGCCGUUUUGCACCAUACUGAAACCCAGUGCCUCCGGGACCUCUCUUUGGAGAAAGGCGCUCCGAAGGUUGUCUGUUGCAACAAGAGGACAAAAUCAUGGAUGGGGGAAGAAAUCUUUUUGAUUGAGAAGGACUUACAACACACAAAAAAGACAAAAAAAAAAGAUAAAAGCAAACAAAAAGAGUGAAUGAUUUGUAUGUAUGGUGCAUGAUGUUUGUGGGACAUCUCCCGGACAGCAGAUACACUGGUACUUUACAAAACUGUCUGAGGUAAGCAUGUGUGCACUGUGAAUGUCUGAAAUUGGCCAACUAGCCCCCUGGAAAGAGAGGAGAAGAAGAGAAGAUUUUUGGGAGAAGAGAUGGACUGAUUGUUUGAUGGAUGGUGCGGGGCUGGUACCAAUGUUGCUGUGGACUGAAUGGGUUUCUGAGGGAAACAUUCCAUUUGAGUUUCCCUCUGUGGCAGGUUGAGGAUGGGGCAGGAUGGAAGUUCCUGCCUGUCUGUCUGGCACCCAGACUUGGGGGGGGGGGGGGGGGGUUCUCCGAAGCUUUUGAGGCCUUGGGUUUGACCGGAGAGAGAAGGUGGAUGUUUGCCCCUUCUGGUCAGUCACCCAGGGACCAAAACUCCCCUGGUCACUGUAUGGCAGGAGCUUUUUUUUUUUUUGGUGGUGUUUUUGGUGCAGCUACUAAAUGUGCAAUGUGUUAUGUAGCCUGGUUUAUUAUUUUUUUACAAGCUACAAAGCUCAUUUGUAGUCCAAUUGUAUAAGCUGUGUGCUUAGAGGUAUAACACAACUAUACUAUAACUUCAGUAUCAUAGACAGGUGUUGCAUGGUUCUAGGGUUUGUUCAUUUCAUGUUUCCACUGUAAUCAGGACUGCAAAUAGUUUCAAUAAAAGUGCAGCUAACAUGCGAACGGUUAAAUGUUACAAUAUUGUACAUAAAGCCUUGACAAUUUCCUCUUUUUAUUUUUGCAAAGUCAUCCGUUUCCUUCAUUCUGUUUUUUCAUCUGGCUGGAGAUUUCACCACUGCUUACUAAUUUUCUCAUUCAUCCAAUGCCUUGAGGAGUAAUUUUGAUUUUUGUACUUUCUUUUUCUAUAUGAUAAUGCACUGUUGACCUUAAUGGUGCCUUAUGCAAGUGACUCAGCCCUUUGGCAGCAGUGAUUUUGCUCCCUCGGGAAGUCACAUUUGUUGUAUGGGUGAUUUGAUAAGCUUGAUCAAGGCUCAGUUACAAAUUAACCCGCACCUUUGUGUUUAAUGACAGCUGUCCCCAUCUGUUCCGACAGUUAAUUGUGUUGUUAAAGUGUAAAAAAAGUAACUUUUUUUGUUUUUGUUUGUUUUUUGAAUCAGCAUCAACUGAGUCAGAACUUGUACACAAGACAAAUUAUGUAUGUAUAGAGCACUUAAAUUCAUUUAUUAAAGACGUUAACUACUGUGUAGUAUGUACUCAAGUCCAUCACUCGCAGCUCUAAGGUACAAAACAAGCAGACAAGGGUCAGUUCCUUUUCCCUGUAUGCCUACUGACCAAAACAAACACAAUCCUCUCCUCCCUGUCCCCCCCGUCCCUCCAUCCCUGCAAGUGGGAUUGAAGAAAGAGCUAAAGAUUUAUUGUAAUUAACAGGCUGCAGUCGGACAGGCCUCGCCUUGUACUGCCUCACCGUAAUGAAUUGCUAAAGGCUUUGUUGGCAUGGAAUCUGUCACAGACUGCUGACUGUGUAGGUUGGUUAUUGACCUGUCUGGGGUGCGUUGUUUUAGCCAAGCUGCAACAGUAUUAUGAAAACCACAGGAGCAAGCGAAGGGGGGAGGGGGCUCUUGGGAGAUAAGAUCAAGCGUUGAUGGUGCACAUGGAAAUCGUCCAAAAAAAGCCCAUGACCGUAUCUCACGAAGGUGAAUGUGUUUAUUAGAUGUAUAUUGGAGAUAGAGGGAGUUGGAUACUCAACAAAAGGUGGAGACCAUAAUGAUAGGGAUCAUACUUCUUACUGUUUCAGGAAAACGUGAUGUGUGCCACCCACUCCAGAUCAGCGACCUUGCUGUAGCAAUUCGAUGUUGCAGUAAGUUGCACUUGUGGCAUGCUGCGACUUAUGGAUUUCAGAUCAGCGGGUGAAGGAGACGGGAUGAGUACAAACUUGAAACUGCUUGCUGCAAUAGAUUUGGGAGUGCUGGCUGUGCCUUUUGUGGGCAAAAGGAAAGGAACAUUCAUUAUGUGGAAACAGCAGCCAAAACUGUUCAAGUGGUAAUUGAGCCUUGAUUAAGCCCCAUGUUUGCUCGCAUCUUUUACACAUCAUCAUCUCUUUAAUCCCACUACCCCAACUCUUCUGUCACACACACACACACACACACAGCUCUUUGUUCUCAACUGAAUCUUUGUAUAAAAAGAAAAAAAACUUUUGUAAAAUUGUUAUGUUUAUGCUUUAUGAAAUUUUUAUUUGAAAUUGUUUUGCAAAAUUGUUAUAUUUCUGUAUGAAUGUAUUUUUUAUUGGAAUAAUAAGAAAUUCUUAUCUGA